CACACACGCCUCGAGCCACAGCCUGGGGAGGAACACUCGACAUGUUAGCAAAAACACUUCCUCAGCGCUCUCCGCUGGUGGGCACGGCUCCUCACGCCGCCAGCGUCGGCCUGCCUACCUCGCCGCCCUCGCCCCGGCGUGGUGGAGGCGCCCUGUCACGCUGUGUCCCCGCGCCUCUCUUCCCCGCCAACGCGCUGGAAACCUGUAACAACCCCAUAAUAGAAGCACUUUGCGAGCAUGUUGUUGAGGCUGAUGCAGAUAGAUGUCAAGAUUAUGAAAAUGUGUUACUUAGGCCGUGAGUUGUGUCUUAUGUAACUGUGAGCCUCGCACCGCCUUGCCACAGGAAGUCAGGCAAAUAGUGGGACCUACGAAUUCCUUCCCCAAGGAAGUGGAAGACAAGUGUUGUGAACGCGGAGGUGCGCUGAGGGAUAGUUCUUUAAUCAUGCAGCGUCAGCCACCACGAGCACUCAUCAUGCCCCUGGGUUUGAACCAAAUGGUACGGCGUGGCGGCAGCCGCGGUCACCACCGAAGUGAGGAGCGGCCGCCACCUCACAUCCCUCCUCCCUUUCCCCGCCGCCUGCUGCCCGCUGACUGAAGAGAAUCGCUCCUCCCCUCGGUGCGCGCAGCCUGACUCCUCCCCUUCCGAGGAGCGUCCACCAAUCACCUGCAAAGCCACGCCACUCUAGCACCCCAACAACCAAUCAUAAUGGCACUCGCAACGCAAAUAAUUGAGUGAGCCAGCUAUCAGUUGAUUGUUUGAUUUUUGUAACUAUUCGAUUUGAAAUCCGAUCCAAUAGCAGUUGUAGAGUUGUAGUUUGUAUCUGAGGGAGAGUGUGUGUGUCUUGGUGGUGGCGCGCGGACGUGUAUACGACUCACACUCACUAUGAGCACGGAGGCCCUCAUGGAGCCCGGCGCUACCCAGGGCGGACGACCUCCGGCCUCGUCGCCACCACACCAAAGUCCCUCUCCUCCGUCGUCGACUUCGCUGGCGUCGCACCUCCUGGCGCAAGUUCAGAGUCUCACGUCGCUUCCUUCUUCAGUGCCCAUACCCACGUCCUCGCCCCCAGGGCUCGGAGGAUAUCGCCAUGGCAUGCUUGGCGGAGGAAUACCACAUCAAUUCCACCUCGGUUCCGAGCCGCCCAUGUCAUCCCUCCUCGCCGGACUCAAAGACUUCCCCCGUCAGUACCAUUCCCCGCCACCCGUUCCAUCGUCAGAGAGCCAUGAGUGCAAAAUUGUUGACUAUCGCGGAGCCAAAGUGGCCGCUUUUAUCAUUAAUGGAGAUACAAUGUUAUGCCUACCACAGGCCUUCGAGCUGUUCUUGAAACAUCUUGUAGGCGGCCUCCACACGGUCUACACCAAGCUCAAGCGGCUGUCAAUUGAACCCAUCGUGUGCAAUGUUGAUCAGGUCCGUAUUUUGCGGGGCCUGGGCGCCAUCCAGCCCGGCGUCAACAGGUGCAAACUGCUCUCCGUCAAGCACUUUGACAUCUUAUUCAAGGACUGCACCACUGCCAGCUCCAGGCCCGGCCGACCCCCUAAGCGAGCCUCAGACUUCAUGACCAUGUCGCCCUCCUCGCAAGACGCCCUCUUCGACCUCAAGAAGCGCCACAUGGAGAACUCGGGAUUCCACAAUGGCCAUCUACCUGGUGACCUCCGCCAAGACAAAUCUCCGCUGCUGGCCAAUGGGUACCACCACGCCCCGCCACCCUUCAACCCCUUGCAGUACAUGGCGCACCACAUGGCCGGCCUGGGCUAUCCCCCGCUGCUGCCCGGUGGCCUGUCUGGUGGCCUGCCCGGCGGCCUACCCGGUGGUCUGCCCGGAGGACAUCACGUCGGACCGCACCCCAUCUCCCCCAGCGAGGCCUCCCCCCUCAAGCACCCCCACAUCACCCCUGAAACACUGGCUAAGAUGCACGAGGAACGGGUGGAGCGCGAGAGACAGAUGGCCCUCGACCAGCGGCGGGGCAUCACCCCCACCAGUAUGGCCGGCCACCAUCCCAUGCUGCCCACCUCCACCCACGAGGACCACCACCCGCCCACCUCCCCAGUCCUGAACCUCUCCAAGGGUGCCGCUUUUGAAGGGACACAUGAGGAACGUGAGGAAGAACGAGAACAUGACCUGGUCAGCCACGACUCCGGCCGCGACCAGCACGAUGAUGAGCGACGCCACGCGCAGGGCGACGACGACCACUUCUCAGACAUGGACGAGGAUGAGGAAAAGGAGGAAGCUUCUUCCAUGGAUGUCGUUGACUCAUGGACGAGAAGCUCUGGUAACUUGGGUCAGACGCAACUAAAUUCAACGCCUGCGCCCCCGGGAGCCUUGGUCGGCCUGGGAGGUAACGCCCCGCUCUCCUCCACGGAGGUGCUACUCAGGAACAUUCUUGGCCUCCUGCGGGUGGCCGAGGAGAACGCUCGGCACCACGAGAGGCAGACGCAAUGCGAAAAAGCCGAACUGAAGAUGGAGGUGUUGCGGGAACGCGAGCUGCGAGAGACCUUGGAAAAGCAGCUGCAGGAGGAGCAAAAGAACCGGAUACUGAUGCAGAAGCGGUGUGCCAAAUUGAAGAAACUACGGCGACGCCUUCAGGAGCGGCUAGACGUAGAGGUGAAGCGAAGGAGCCGCUACGAGGACCACAUCCGCUCCAACUCCCCUGAUGCCCUCGGUGAUAUUAACGACACCAUCAGGAAGGAGAUGGAGGCGAUCGCUGCGGAGAUUCAAAGCGAAGAAAUAAAGCAAGCGCAGAAGCAGAAUGAGGAGCGAGAAGCUGUGGACCGCCUGCUAGCCUCUCCUGCCCUUGCCAAUCAUCCAGCCAUCACUGCCGCCACCGCCGCCAACGUCACUUGGCGAUAAAUGGUUCCUCGGUAGGGCAAGAUGAGUUAUUCAAAACUGGGUAUUCCUUCUGUGCAGGGGUAAUUGUGAGCGUGACGAUAAGGCGCCAUCAGAAGUUUGGCAUAGGGAAAGCAUUUAUGCGUGUUUCAGCCAGUUUCAGUGUAGUUCCCGUUAGAAGCCUAUCCCAAGUUCUGGUUACUGAAGCUGUUGAGCAUAAGUUAUUGACGAUGAUUACCCCGUGUAGUGUGUUAGUGUCCUGAAGUGCAAACGCUGAUGUCAGUAUUACACCGAGAAGAGUCUGAUCCGAAAUUGCAAAGAAAGUUCUAUGUUGUUUAAAUAGAACAGAAGGUUUGCAAGCCUGGUCGACGCGCCGGCAAAUAAGCAAAGUAUCCCUCGCGGCGGCUGAAGACUGCCCACCCAGGUGUUGGGCCUCGCCAGUCCUCAGUAGCAAGUGACUCGCUGUCACAAGUCAUCCUACACUUCUCCGGCAUUUGAUACUUAACUAUGUAUAUACAUUACACUGUAGGAAUGUAGGAGAAAUUUAUCAUACUUGUAUCCAUAAGUUAAGAGUAUGAGCAUCACGAGUGAUUUUAUGGGUGCCAAGAAACUGCAUUGAGUUACCGGGUGAUUGGUAGGGAUGCUGACACCAUCACCACCACCACCACCCGCCCUCACGACCAACGCCGGAGCCCUUCGACGAGGAUGCAGGGUGACAAGGGUGAGACAGGGAAGCCCACCCUCUUGCUCCAAUGACUUCCAUCGUCCACGGCUCCAGGAACAUCUCUUAACAUUCGUCCACGAAAAAAAAAUGGUUUGUCAAGUAGAAACACGAGCCAAAGAGGGCGGCGUCGGGGUGACGUGCAGCUUGAGGGCCGCGCGGUGGCCUCCCCCGCGGUGCCGCCCUGCCCCUCGCCACCCGGCAUACCUCCCUCACCGCCUCAGUUUUUACCAAUACAAACACAACUUUUUUAUACUAUUUAAAUUGUAUUUAUUGUAUAAUUAUUAAGUUGUUCGCGGGUGUAGGCAUGUGGAGAGCCAGGACUGUGUCGGUGUUCUAGAUGUAAUGGUGUCAGUGGCUAAACGACGCUCCUUGUGUACUUCAGUAACAGACCCUUAUGGGGGGACAGUGGGAAGGUCGUGGUUAGAUUUCCAGACUUCUUUUGGGUACCUCUCCAGUGGUGGAUAUCAGUCUAUGAAGCAAAGCACCCGCAGCGCGCAGCGCCGGUGUGCUGCCUCCACCUUCCCAGACUCCCACGUCGCAACCCCUCACGUGCUGCCUCACAUAUCACGCCAGUCAUCACGGCUGUUCGAGGUACCACUUACCGGCGGGAGGGAGGCCGGGUCGCCAAGAGCACAAAAUUGUCUUUUUUUAAUAUCCACAACUCUCAGACCGUAGACCUGCCAUGCCACGCCAUAGUAGGUUCGACGGGGCUACUCUAGAGUAUACCUAGCAUACUUUCUAGGAAUUUGUAAGUUUUGUAAAUACGAAAGUUAUCAUUAAGGGCAUUAAUCCAGUGUUAGACUUAGGUUCAGUAGUCAUUAUCCUAGUUGUAAGUAACAGCUUGGACACCUGGCAUGAUUUAUUUCCUAGUGCCAACGACGACAUGCUUGGAUAGUAUACCUCUGAUAUUCGUAUGUGUAGUAGUGAGUGUGGGGCAGGUGUCGGGUGUCAGGGCGGGUCGCCUCACCGCCCAUCGUCGGCCACGGCCACUGGCCGCCGCCACGCCACCCUUCAGUGAGGUCGAAACAGAAAUAUUGUUCGACAACUCACACUCGAAACACUUAGAAAUUGCCAUAAAUAGUUGAUAGUAACUUGUUUUACCGAGUGAGUUUGGGGAUGUCCGGCAGCGUAAGCCUGUUCACACCCAUUGUACGCCCACCUUCCACCACCCGACCAACCUCCCCGACACUGCAUCUGGUAUCUAUGCCUUGUAUUGUAUGUAUCAAGUAACAUUGUUGUAUCGUACGAUGAAAUUGAGUGUUUCUCUAAUUUUUAUGUUGUUUCACUAAAUAAAGCAAUAAUUUGCAAUAUUUUUUU